GCAGCAACAGGAAUAAUCAUGUUCAGCCUCAUCAAAUUACCGCGAGUCUUCACCAUCAAUCAAGUGCCCAAAGUUUUCCACGAGGACGGCAUCGUCUCUGGAUACCGACACCCCCGCAGCUCAGCCACUGACUGCAUCCUGAGCCUCUUCCAGCUGACCAAUGAGACGCUCAACAUCUGGACCCACUUUCUACCCACCUGGUAUUUCCUAUGGAAGACAGGGACUGUGGUGCUGAUGCUGACAGCGUGGAAGGACUUCUUCACCUGGCCUCUGGUCAUCUUCCUGCUCUCCUGCUGCAUUUACCCGCUGGCGUCCAGCUGUGCUCACACCUUCAGCAGCAUGUCGGAGCGGGCACGCCACAUCUGCUUCUUCUUCGAUUAUGGCGCCCUUAGUUUCUACAGCCUGGGGUCUGCAAUCAGCUACUCAGCUUAUGUUUUCCCGGACGAGUGGGUGAACAGCCUCUUCCACCAAUGCUACGUCCCCAUAGCUGUGCUCAACACUGUGGUGUGCACCGGCCUGGCCUGCUACUCCAGGCUUGGCUUACCAUUUCUGCAAUAUAAUCAUGACAUCGUAAAGAGAUUUCCUGUGAGUCCAAAGUUCAGCAAAUACCUCCGUGUUGUUGCCUUUGCCUACCCUUACCUGUUUGACAACAUUCCUCUGUUCUACAGGGUUUUUCUGUGUGUAGGAGAGGGCUGUGCAGACAAUGACACAAACAUCCUCCACUGCAAACACAUCACCUUGGCUUUCCUCACAGGCUUUCUGUUUGCCACACAUUUACCUGAGCGCCUGGCACCUGGCAGCUUCGACUACAUAGGUCACAGCCAUCAACUCUUCCAUGUGUGCGGUAUCCUCGGCACACACUUCCAGAUGAAGGCCAUUGAACAGGACAUGAUGACACGGCGACCCUGGCUCCUUCAAAAUUCCAUACCCAUCACCUUUUCCAACUCAGUGGGUGCAGGGCUGCUCUGUGUGGUGGUGAAUCUGACUAUCAUCCUCCUCUUCAGUCUACCUCUCCUCUCUGCUCCAGUCUGUAAAGAAAGGCAACAUGGUCUAAAGAAAGUAUAUGCUAAGAGUUGCCCCUGCUGCUGAACCUCUGGCUCCAUUAGCAACGGCUAAGGAUUCCCAGCACUUCACAACACAUGCAGACAUAGAAUGCAAUAGGGGGACAUAAAAACAUUUUAAAGAAGACUCCUGAGCAAAGAGGAGCUGAUCUGCAUUAAAGUUAUGGUGGUGUUUGGUCUACAGACAUCACUGGGAUGAUUGCUGUUACAUGAGUCAGUAAACUUAAAAUGAUAACUUGCACAAACUGGAAAUUAUCUGUUUAAAAAAAUACAAAUGUAGGAUGUAAACUACACUAGGCACUGCUGUAUAUGUUUAUAAGCUAUUUGUUGCUCAAUACUCUGAUUUCCACUCACGUGGAGUAUGAAGUGAUGGCCAGCAUCAAGGAACAGCAUCUAUGUAAAAUAAAAAAUGCUAACAUCACUGUCAAUUUUAAAUUGUAGUGCUGCAUUUAAAGUACUUCUGAGUGCAUGUAUUUGAUAUAUGCACAUCAUUCGUAUAAAACAUGAAACGUAUUGACAAGGGAAGGGAAUUUAUGAGAUGCCUUCAAAGAAGCAGUUUAAUGAAGUUAGAUUUAAAUGACUGUUAAUGUAUUAUAUGUAACACAGAUUAAAUACAGAGUCGUUUAUGUCCCUCAUAUUAUGGCUGUUUCUGUCCCUGUAUAAUUUUGAAACGUGCCACAUUGUGCCUUAAUGAUGCAAAACUGAAAAGUAUUUAUGUGCAAUAUUAUUUAUUAUUGUUUU